UUGGAGGGUUUGCAGAGAUAUUCCUCCAUCCCCACAUAUCUGCCUGUCAACUAUCAUCUGCUAAAUGCUGACUUGGCAUUUUUCCUGAAGGAAGCCAACCAGGACUUUAUGAGGAACUCCACCCUGGUUUCACGGACUGAGCCUUUCUUCAUCUAUCAGGCCAGGAGUCCGCCCUCUGUGAACGCUAGCUACGGCCCUCUCUCUGUGGAGCAGCCCGUUCCCGUAGAGCUCCUCCAGAGUCCCGGGACCUUCCCCGCCUCUUCGGUUUUUACCUUCAACUGGAAGGUGCUGACCUUCAUCAUGAACACCCAGAUUCACUUGGCCAAGCCUCAGGUCCAGGUCCUGUUCUAUGUGGCGGGCAGGGACUGGGACGACUACAGCGCCAUCAACAAGCUGCCCUGCGUGCACAUGUUUGCUUUCCAUGAAACCCAGGAGGUGCGCGGCACCUGCCAGCUCAAAGGGGGGCUGGGGCUGUGCGUCGCAGAGCUGGAGCCGCUGGCCAGCUGGUUCAGCCCGCCCAGCGUGGUGCCAGGACGGCAGAGGAAUCUGGAAAUGUCCGAGGGCACCCCGGUGGAACUCUACUACACGCUGCAGUCCACUGAAGCAGGCGAGUGCCACUCGGAGGAGUCCAGGAAAGACAGCUUCAUCCGCUCAAGUCAGGAGGGGCUGUUUGGUUCCUAUACCUCCACCCCACUGAGGAGGAUUGGGGGCAUCAGGCUCUACCAGAACCCCAUCGAGCCCCCGAUUACCGAGCACAAGCUGGAUAAUAACUUCAUGGUUAUGGUGCCAGCCAAACCCAUGAGGCAGAGGGAGACGGUGUCGGCUUUUAUCGCCGUCUCAGCCUACUCCACCGUGGAGAUGUUCACGCUCAGGUAA